AUGAGACCUGUCAGUGUGUGGUAUUGCUACUCCUGGGGACUGCUGCUGCUGCCCUUGCUGUGCGGCUCCAGUGUGGGGUCUCCAUCCCCUUCCACUGACCCAGAGAAGAAGGCGGGAAGCCAGGGGCUGAGGUUCCGACUGGCUGGCUUUCCUAGAAAGCCCUAUGAGGGCCGUGUGGAAAUACAACGUGCCGGUGAAUGGGGCACCAUCUGCGAUGAUGACUUCACACUACAGGCUGCCCAUGUCCUCUGCCGGGAGCUGGGCUUCACGGAAGCCACGGGUUGGACUCAUAGUGCCAAAUAUGGCCCAGGAACAGGCCGGAUCUGGUUGGACAAUCUGAGCUGCCGUGGGACUGAGGGAAGUGUGACAGAAUGUGCCUCCCGGGGCUGGGGAAACAGUGACUGUACCCACGAUGAGGAUGCUGGGGUCAUCUGCAAGGACCAGCGCCUUCCUGGCUUCUCAGACUCCAAUGUCAUUGAGGUGGAGCAUCACCUGCAAGUGGAGGAGGUGCGGCUCCGACCAGCUGUGGAUUGGGGCAGGCGACCCCUGCCUGUGACUGAGGGUCUGGUUGAAGUCAGGCUUCCUGAAGGAUGGUCACAAGUGUGUGAUAAAGGCUGGAGUGCUCACAACAGCCACGUGGUCUGCGGUAUGCUAGGCUUCCCCGGAGCAAAGAGAGUCAACAUUGCCUUCUACAGAAAGUUGAGGAAGCGAGCAGCCCGACGCCCCAAGCCCCUUGGAAGAGCAAUCAACAAGUUUAAAGUCAAACACAAGCCCCGGGUGGGCAGGGGCCCAAGCAAGAGGAUGCUGGCCCAGAAGCAGAAGCACUCCUUCGGUCUGCAUGGGGUAGCAUGUAUGGGCACAGAAGCCCACCUCUCCCUCUGUUCUCUGGAGUUCUAUCGUGCCAAUGACACCACCAGAUGCCCUGGGGGAAGCCCUGCGGUGGUGAGCUGUGUGCUAGGCCCUCUUUAUGCCACCUUGACUGGUCAGAGGAAGCACCAGCAGACGAAGCCUCAGGGGGAGGCCCGUGUGCGUCUAAAGGGCGGUGCCAACCCGGGAGAGGGCCGAGUGGAAGUCCUGAAGGAUGGCACGUGGGGAACAGUCUGUGACCGAAAAUGGGACCUGCAGGCAGCCAGCGUGGUGUGUCGAGAGCUGGGCUUUGGCACUGCUCGAGAGGCCCUGAGUGGUGCCCGCAUGGGGCAGGGCAUGGGUGCGAUCCACUUGAGUGAAGUCCGGUGCUCUGGCCAGGAGCCCUCCCUCUGGAAGUGUCCCUCCAAGAACAUCACAGCUGAGGACUGUUCCCAUAGCCAGGACGCCGCUGUACGAUGUAACCUUCCCUACACUGGAGUGGAGACUAAGAUCCGACUGAGUGGGGGCCGAAGCCGUUAUGAGGGGCGAGUUGAGGUGCAAAUAGGGGUACCCGGGCAUCUUCGCUGGGGCCUCAUCUGUGGAGAUGACUGGGGAACACUGGAGGCCAUGGUGGCCUGCAGGCAACUUGGUCUGGGCUACGCCAACCAUGGCCUGCAGGAGACAUGGUACUGGGACUCGGGGAACAUAACUGAGGUGGUAAUGAGUGGAGUGCGCUGCACGGGGUCUGAGCUGUCACUGAGCCAAUGUGCCCAUCACAGCACCCACGUCACCUGCAAGAGGACCGGAACCCGCUUCACUGCAGGGGUUAUCUGUUCUGAGACUGCUUCGGACCUGCUGCUGCACUCCGCACUGGUACAGGAGACUGCCUACAUUGAGGACCGACCGCUGCACAUGCUGUACUGCGCUGCUGAGGAGAACUGCCUGGCCAGCUCCGCCCGCUCGGCCAACUGGCCUUAUGGCCACCGGCGUCUGCUCCGAUUCUCUUCCCAGAUCCAUAACUUAGGAAGAGCUGACUUUAGGCCCAAGGCUGGGCGCCAUUCUUGGGUGUGGCAUGAGUGCCAUGGGCAUUACCACAGUAUGGACAUCUUCACUCAUUAUGAUAUCCUGACCCCCAAUGGCACCAAGGUGGCUGAGGGCCACAAAGCUAGUUUCUGUCUAGAAGACACCGAGUGUCUGGAGGAUGUCUCCAAGAGGUACGAGUGUGCCAACUUUGGCGAGCAGGGCAUCACCGUGGGAUGCUGGGAUCUCUACAGGCACGAUAUUGACUGUCAGUGGAUUGAUAUCACAGAUGUGAAACCAGGAACCUACAUUCUCCAGGUGGUUAUCAACCCGAAUUUUGAGGUGGCAGAGAGUGACUUCACCAACAACGCGAUGAAGUGUAACUGCAAAUACGACGGGCAUCGCAUCUGGGUACACAACUGCCACAUUGGUGAUGCCUUCAGUGAGGAAGCCAACAGGAGGUUUGAGCGCUACCCUGGCCAGACCAGCAACCAGAUCGUCUGAAAUGGCACCGCCCUCUCAGCAAACCACCACUGACCCCAUGGCAGGGGUCUGAGGCUGCCAUUACGUCAGGAGCGCCCCACAAGAACUCCUGAUGUCAGCAGGCCCACUACACCCAUCCAGCUGUGCACUGCCGAUGACGAACUGGUGAACAAAAGUUGGUGCGUCCCCUACUGGGCCAAGCACGGAGAUUCAGUCAACAGACAGCACACAGAGAACUGCCCACAUGUGCCGGCAGCAGCGCAUUCCUUGAACAGGGAGGUCCGGGAGGUCAGCUCUCACGCUCUCCUAAGUGCCGCUUUACCUCUAGCCUUCUGGUGGGGGAAAAGAUCCAGCCCCCGUUUUUGACUGAAACGUGUUGCUAGAUAUAAUUUUAUUUUAUAUAAAAUGUGUUCUUCAGA